AGGAGUAAAAAUAAUAACUUAGUAGGAAUAGCGAAUCAACUUUCAGCUGAAUCCCACCGCUACGCUACGCCCACAUGUUAUUUAUAAAUCCACGCUUUACGCAGCCACGAGAACUGUGUGGGAGAGAUGAGCAGGGAUGAAGGGGGAGGAGGGCCUGAGGCUGGUGACUCUCCAUUCCCACCCAGAACACACAGAAGAGUGUAUGAAGAUCCUCAAUGACCAGUGGCCUCGCAGCAGGACCAUGAGGAUGAGAUCACUGAGUACCUCCUGUGACCAGUUCCCGACAUCCCUGCUUCUCCUGAAGACUACUUCACAGGGGGACACAGAGGUGAUAGGCCACUCCAGGCUUAACACUCUGCCAAGGGAACCUGAUGCUGCAUGGAUCGAGUCUGUCGUCAUCAGGCGGGACCUGCGGGGGGCUGGAUAUGGACGCCAACUUAUGACCAGGACAGAGGAAUAUGCCAGAGUCAGCGGCUUCACCACCAUGUACCUGUCAACCCAUGACCAGCAGGUGUUUUAUGGCAAGCUUGGCUACGAGUUCUGUCCUCCUGUGUGCAUCUACGGAGGAUCAGUUAACAAGCACCUCAUACCAAAGCACUUCAUACCACCACAGUUAACUCAGGGAGUUCAAGCACUGUCCCUCAAGAACAGUGUGGUGAAGGACCAGAAGCAAGGUGCCCCUCCCCCAGCCACUCCUGCACCACCACAUCCAUCCUUGCCUCGUCCUCCACCCCUCCCCACAUCCUCAAAAUUGACAAAAGAUCAUAUUACAAAAAUGGAGCCAUCUACUUUGACAAAAAUGUAUAUGACGAAGGAGUUAUAACAAAGCAUAUUAUUUAUUAUCAAUGUGGAUAAGGAAUUUUUGUAUAAAUCUUUUUCUUAAACAAUUCCUUAGAGUUUUCAUGUCUUAUCACCUGAAAAUUGUCUUUCAACUGGAUGUCAUUAAGAGCACAGGCCAUAAAGUUAUUCUGUGCCCUCUCUGCCAACAUCAUUCUGCACUGAGGAGCCACAGAAGUCCUACAGUGAUGGUGGAACACAGAAUUAACACCUGUCAUUGAUAAAUCUCCCUCCACAGCAUCAACAUUUUAGUUUGUCUCGAUGUAAAGUAAAUAAUAUGUAAUGUGAGAGAGAAAAAAAGAGAAAAAGAACAUUCAGUCACAAGCUACCACAUGCUUAAACCAGGUGAAAAAUGAGUAAAUAAAUAACAGCAACACAUUAACAAUUUCAGCAUUAGUAUGAAUCUUAUCUAAAGCUGCAUGAAAGGUGACACGCCAUGCUGAGUGCAGGAUAAGAGCAAGGCCACACUCACACUGAUUUCACUUCCAAUACAUUCUCUUUCAAACAGCUGCAAGACCUCAGAUUACUUACUACUACGAAUAUCUGAAAACUAAGAUGAAAAUGAAAGCAAGAUAAGAACUGAAGAUAAAAUACGAAUGAAUCACACAAUACUGUAUGAUUGCAACAUGUACAAAUAUCUUAUGGGAACUUUAUAAAACUGGGUACAUACCUAGCACAUUAAUAUUUUUCUGUAAUCUUACCUAACAAUGUAACCUGUGCCUUACCUCAUUUCAAAGCAUAUUUCUAAAUUUUCUUCUCUGAUGUACUGUACAUGACAACCAUCAUAUCUGUGUAUGAAACUGCAAUUUUAUUCCUCUUUUAAAUAUCUAACUUAUAACAUGUCCUGAUCUAACCUAACAAGUCCAUGAUUAAUUACCUCCUUGGUCAUGAAAGGAAAACAAUAAAAUACUUAUUUCUUCAUCUA